AUGUCGAUGAAUCCAAAACCCAGUUCUAAAUUCCCAAUCUUCACCUUCCUCCUCCUGUUACUCCUCAGUUCCCUAAUCAUCUCUGCUUAUUCAUCAUCCGACGCCAGUGUCGAAGCAAACGAACCCGGAUCCGAUGAAGAAUCCGACGAUCUGGAACAGCUCAUAGCCGUAGACGAGCAAUUGCAAGAAGAUCGGCCUGAGCAACAAUCGGAAGCCGAAACAGUGAGCAAGGCGCAGAGGAUCGUGCUUGAACUCAGUGGCGACAACACGAAGCGGGUCAUCGAUGGAAACGAGUUCGUGAUGGUUCUAGGUUACGCUCCUUGGUGCGCGAGGAGCGCGGAUUUGAUGCCGCGAUUUGCGGAGGCUGCGACGGCGUUGAAGGAGAUCGGUAGCCCGAUUCUGAUGGCUAAGAUCGACGGCGAUAGGUACUCGAAGGUCGCGUCGGAGCUCGAAAUCAAGGGUUUCCCUACGCUUAUUCUCUUCGUUAAGGGCACUUCUCAGCCUUAUACCGGUGGAUUUUCCGCGUAA